AUGUUCGAUAUCCUCAGGGAUGGUGAUGAAGAACUCACUAAAGUCGUACUCUCCAAGAGAUUAGAGAGAUUGAAAGCGCGAUUCACACCGCUAUUAAAAGUCAACCGAUUGGAAAUAGUAGAAUCAUUUCAAAUCGAAGUAUCAAUGGAGAACAGAUUGGUAUUGAAAGAUCAUUUUAGAGAUUCAAUCGAAUCAUCCAUUAUAGUUUCAAAUGCCAAAAACACCUGUAAUGCAUGGUACAAAUAUGAAAAGUUUAGAUCGGUUGAUUUGCUAAUCGGUGGACUACAUGUAAAAGACAAUGAAAUACUAUCUGUUUUAUUAUUUUUACAAGAUGACGAUGAUGAUGAUGACAACAAUAACAACAUAAAUGAUAAUAGUAAUAACAAUAAUAAUCAUAAAAGUAGCAAAUCAUCUUAUUCUUCUAUCCUUAAAAUCAAAGCAAAUCAAGAAAUUAAAGAUAUAUAUCAUAACUAUACUGAUAUGGUUACAGAGCAACAAGAAAAAUUAAAGAUAAAUACUCGUAACCCUAAACAUACCGAUGGCUUACUCAAGCUGAAAGAAGAGCACUUUGAGAUAGUCGAGGUACAAUUCGCAACCAAUAGCUAUAGUAGACAACACACUUCUGGAUACUCAUUGAGUGGCACUAGAAUACGAUCGAUGAAACCAAACAAAGCGAAACCAGACACCAUCCAACACCUCAACUCCAUUGCUAUUCGUGAGUAUGGAUCUACAUUGAGAAAGGAAGGCGAAGAAGAAGAGGAAAAGGGUCCUUGGACAAUCACUGUUAUCGAUAGGACAAUCUACAGCAUACCAAAGGUGAACAAAGUCUUUGAGGAAGACGACGUUGUAGUAUUUAUUAACUUUAUGGAUGCCGAAGGAAAUUACGAAAUUGACCGUUUACAUGGUCGUUUUACUUGGUGUAUUCCCGACAGACUCCAAAAACUUGCCUCUGACGCCGCAAAAGACAAACAGAACAUCAACCAAUUGGGUACCUACUCUAUAUUGGAAUCACCAAUCGGUACAGACAAAACGUUUAUUGGUGGACCAAAAACUUAUUUUUACACAACACGUUCCAAAUUUAACAGUAGUUGUGUCAUGUUUGAGAGGGUGCGUCAGUGCGUCACCAUGGUUUGUCAAGGUCAGAGCAAAAAUACUCAAAGUGAAAAAUUGAUGACUAAACAACAAUCAUUUUCAUCAAAUCAAUCAAAAUCUAAAAUCAUCAUUCAUAAUAUCAAAUAA